UAAACCAAAGCCAAAUAGUACGUCUAGAGUAGUUUGCCUCGACAAGGCAGCGAUGGCCUCAAACAGCGGAGCCGCCGGCCACCGCGUGGUGCUCUUCCCGUUCCCGUACCACGGUCACCUCAGCCCCAUGCUGCGCCUCGCGGCGGCUCUGCACGCUCGUGGCCUGGCGAUCACGGUGAUGCACGCCGAGCAUCACGCACCGGACCCAGCCGACCACCCUGCUGACUACCGCUUUGUGCCCUUGCCGGCCGACGUGGCGGCGGGGCUCCUGUCCUCCGAGGACGUGGCCAGACUCUUGAUGGAAGUGGACGCCAUCUUGGCGGUGCCUUUCAAAGACCGGCUGGCGGCGCUGCUUGCCGAGCCGGAUGCUGGAGGUGUCUGUUGUGUGAUCGCCGACGUUCAAUGGUACUCGGCGCUGGCGGCGGCGAGGAAGCUCGGCGUGCCGACGCUGGGGCUCAUGACCAGCAGCGCGGCAAGCUUCCGGACGUUCAUGGCCUACCCCACGCUGAUUGAUAAGGGCUACCUGCCUGUCCAAGAGGGGCACAAGGACGAUCCAGUCGACGAGCUGCCACCGUUCCGUGUGAGAGAUCUGCAACGCAUCGACAAGAGCAUCCUCGCUGAAUUCGACAGCCUGCUCGAGCGCAACGUCGCCGAAGCACGGCGGUCCUCCGGCCUCAUACUCAACACCUUCGAUGUCAUCCGGCAGGACUUGUCCAUCCCUGUGUUCGCCAUAGGCCCGCUCAACACGCUCUCACCGCCGGUCAAAUCAAGCCUUCCGCAAGACCGCGGCUGCCUCAACUGGCUUGACACGCAGGAGCCGGGCUCCGUGCUGUACGUGAGUUUUGGAAGCUUUGUCCCUAUCGACACCGAUGAAUUCAUGGAGCUGGCCUGGGGCCUCGCUAACAGCAAGCGCCCAUUCAUCUGGGUCGUCAGACGGGGGCUCGUUCGUGGCUUUGAGUCAGGCGAGCUGCCUGACGAGCUUGAAGAGAAGAUUCGUGAUCGAGGCCGGAUCGUCUACUGGGCGCCGCAGGAGGAGGUGCUAGUUCAUCCUGCGAUUUGCGCCUUCGUGACGCACAACGGGUGGAACUCCACGGUCGAGGCCAUGUCGAGAGGUGUCCCAAUGAUAUGCAGGCCUCUUAUCGGUGACCAGCAGGGAACUGCCAGGUAUGUGUGCAACGUGUGGAGAGUGGGAAUGGAGGUUGAGGUGGAAACUCAGCUAGAAUGGGGGAAACUCCAUCUGGCCAUUGAGAAACUCAUGGGUGAUAAUGAAGGCGAAGAGGUUAGAGAGAGAAUGAAAUAUUUGACGAACAUGGCAGACAAAGGUGUGAGUGAAGGCGGAUCAUCUCACACAUCUUUUGUUAAUUUGGUUGAAUUCAUCUUGUCAUUUACAUGUUGAAUGCAACAAAUGCAAACUUGAUGUGUAAUCUUAUGCGAGUUACAAGGGGACGACUUAAAUGCAUCGAUUUCAAUUGUCACUUUGUGAGCAACUAGUCAUACUGGAUUACUGGUGUGUGCACAUUGGCACAUACUAUAGUAAACAUUGUAUGUAUUGAAGCAACUGAGAACAAAUAUAGUGACGAAGACAUAUUGUCACAACAGUAA